GAGCACAGCCUGGGGAGAAGCCCGGGCUGUUUGUUCCUGCAAGGGGGAAAGGGGACGCACACAGUCGGGCGCGCGGACACACACGCACGCACACGCACGCUUGCCGCGAGUUCGAGCCCCGCAGCCCCCCACCGCCCGAGGGCGCCCCCGGCGCCGCGCCAGGCGGAGAAGCAUCCGCCUCCUGGCUCCUGCUGCUGCUGCUGCUGCCGCCCAGAGGAGAGAGGAACCUGGAACCUCUGGCUCGAAUUUCCCCCGGCGCCGCGCGCUGCGGAGAGCGGCGGGGGUGGGCGCCAGGAGGAGAACGCGAUGAAUGAGUUCUCCCCUCGCCUCGGAGUUGACUGAGUUGGCGGCGCCGCGCCCGGGCUUCCGGCUCUCGGCGCCCCACGCGCUCGCGGCUCCCGGGGCUGCAGCCCACGCCCGCGGCCGGGGCUGUGCCCGCCACGCCGGGGAGCCGAGGCUCUGGAGCUCCUGUCCCGGCUCCAGUCCGGGGGAAAAAGGAAGGUUGUCCCCUGGCCCAGGCGCACGGCCGCGCGCUCUCCCGCACUCUCCGCGGCCCCUUCUGCUCUCCAUGGCGUCUCAUCAACAAUCCCGGAUCCAGGCUUACCUGGAGAAGAACAAGAUCGGUCCCCUGUUUGAGGAAUUAAUGACCAAAUUAAUAACUGAGACACCUGACCAGCCAAUCCCAUUUCUCAUUGACCAUCUUCAGUCUAAACAAGGAAACCGCGGACAGCUUCAAAGAACUUUAUCUGGAUCUGCAGCUCUCUGGGCAGAAAGUGAAAUAGCAGAACAUAAAGGAACAAGAAGGGAUUUCAGAAGCUAUGAUAAGCCUUGGCAAUUAAAUGCAAAGAAGCCUAAAAAGUCAAAAAGUGACCUCGCUGUGUCUAAUAUUUCCCCACCGUCAGCAGAAUCCAAAUCAUUGCCAAGGUCAGUAGAUCAUCCUAAGUGGAACUGGCGAAUUAAACCAGAAAGCCGUGAUUUUGAUGAAUUGAACCACAUCCUUCAAGAGAGCAAGAAGCUGGGAAAAGCCCUUGAGAAUCUUUCUCGAAGUAUUGCAAUUUCAGAUGAACUCGAUAAGGAAACAGUGGCAUUUAAUUCUUCUCUUCUGAGACCCCGUGUGAUUGGAGAAUGGAUUGGUCGAGAAGAGAAUGAUGCUGACCCACUAGCAGCUGAAAUGCUACAGCCCCCAGUUCCAAGAAGUAAAAAUGAACAAUGGGAAAAUGAAGACACUUGCUCCAGCCCUGCAGGAAGCUUAAAGGUGGAGCCCAAGACUAAAGGAUUAAAACAGCAGCAACAGCAACAUAAGAAACUUCUGGCAGCAAUGCUCUCUCAAGAUUCUUUUGAGUCUCUCCAUAGCCCUACCCCAUCUGUAACAGAAGAAGAUAUUGAUAAUGAAGAUGAUGCAAUGGAAUUGCUGGAGGAUCUCGAUGAUUUAAGAAUGGAGGGAGUAACUACCCUUGUACCUUCUGGGAGCAAAUUUAACCAAGGUCGUGCUACUCACCCUGCCGAACCUCAGGCCAAGGUCACGUUGAACAUCUGUUCAAGGUGUGCCAGGCUUCAAGGAGAUAACCUGGAAGAAAGGACAGAAGAGACGUCACAAGUACUUCUUUCUCCAGAUGAAAUAGUCCCAGAUUCUUUGGAUUCUUUACCAGGGACUGAAGAAGCACUAAUGGAAGAGGGGGAAGAAUUUGAGAAAGCGUCUAAAUUGACAGGACCUGGAGAAGCCUCCAGUGGAGGACAGUCACUGAAAAACUACCUGGAAGAAGAUGAAUCUUUAAAGCAAUUGCAAGUAGUUCAUCAGCCAUGGAUCUUGCCAAGUGACACAGAAAGUGAAGGAGUAGAAGCAGAACAAGAUAAACGUUCUGCUGAUCUUCUCCUUUGUGUCCCAUGCUCCUCUUGUCCUACACUGGUCUACUCUGGUCUGUGAAGCAGGCAGAAGUUCCAGGUGGUCCUUAAAGAAAUUGCAAUUAUUCAAAUCCUUAUGUAUAGUUCUAAUUUUAUUUACUAUGUGUAAUCACUUAGAGAAUGGUUAUUUUUAUAAUAUCAAUAAUAAACAAGUACUCUUGUAACCAGGGGGUGCCUAAAGGUGUAAUCAGAGAACACUAACCCUGGCAAAGGAUUCUGGGGUGGUCAGGAUGUCUGCUGCCUUUUGACAUGGUUAGUGUCCUGGGUUUAGAUUACUUUAUACCCAGUUAUUAAGAUUACUAUUUGAUACAUUAAAUAUUGCCUGAUUCAAAUAACUUUGCUUAAAAUUUUUCUGUAUUUUAACUUGUGUGGGGUUUUCUACUUCUUAUAUUUUUAUAAUACUUUAUCAUUUUUUAGAUUAAUAAACAUUAUACUUAUCCACAUGUGCCAAGAUGUGCCAUUUAGGUCUCUCUGGGAGUUAGCUGUUUGGUAUCAUCAUCUGCCAUGUGUGUUUUGUGCAGCAGCAAGAAGCAUAUUCUCUACCACUGCUCCUUCCUAUGAUUAUCUUCCCUGUUCCUAUCAAACAAAUAACUGAUAUGUUAAUCUAAUAAAGCAGAUCAAUAAGGAAUGAAAUGCAUGCCCCAGAUCAUAUGCAAUGAAAAUUGUUGGACCAUUUAUCCAAUUAUUGAACCCAGUUAAGGUUAUCCAUUUUGCAUUUGAUGUAUGCUUGCUUCUGGAAUAUAUUCUGCACUGAAGCUAAGUGAAUGGAUCUAAGUAAAUCUAUUGAGUAUCUCUAUUGUCUGUUUUAUCUUAUUUGUGUGAACAAAUACCUUAUCUUAUGUUUCUGACCCUUUAAAGGCAUAUGGUUAAAUUAUAAAAUUGCCUGUAUUACUGUGAAAGAAACAAUGUUAAAGGCAAGAACAUGGCUAAAGAAUAAACAAAGAAGUUCUGAUUGUAUGAAUGGAGUUACAUUCCUAAAUCAACUAAUAUAAUAAGUUUUCUUACAUUAACAUUUUCAUGUGCAUAGAGACUCAAGACUAAUUUUCACAAACGUUACCGGUUUUUAUAGGUAGAAACAAAUUAAAGGCUUAAAACACAGUACAUUUUUGCACAGAAAAGAAAGUAGGCAAGAGAGUAAGUUUAUGAGAACAGAACACUCCUCUAUUUAAAAAUCCUUGUGAUAAAGAAUAUCUUCAAAAAUAUUUAACUGAGGAUCGAAAUAUUUUCUCUAUUAGGGAUAGUCUUUCUUUAAUAUAUGUCAUCCCUGAUGCCCUCAUCCGAGCCAAUUUGCCUCCAGCCUUCACUUGCUCAGCUUUUGUCCGCCUCUUGCCUCCUAACAUUUUCCUGGAGACAAUCACUCUCCUAAGUGCCACAUCAGCCUCAGGAAUCAGAUCAGCCAGGAUAUCGGAAUGUAUAUUGCUAAAAAUGCUACCAAAGACCUACAAACCUGGGCACUAACUAAAGUAGUAAGCAGAUAGAUUUUAAUCCAUGGUAAACUAUUGCAGCAGAUAAGAACUCUGAACUGAACUCAUCUUUGAUUUGUGCAGAGGUGACUGCAUGUUCAAAGGAAGAGAGGGAAAGUAAGGAUGCGAAUUGCCAGAGCUUGAGAAGAGUCGGGGAAAUGGAAAUUUAUAAAAAGCAGACAGGGGAGUUAACCCAUGCGAAACUCAUUUGGGUUUGCUAACUGUGCUUAUUGAAGUUUGACUUUCGUCCUUCCACUGAGACUGGGAGACAGGGGCUCUAUCUUCAAGUGUUGGCUGGAAAAAAAAGUUGGCUGCUUUUGGCAGUCUUGUACUUUCCCAGGAAGGAACUUGACGGGGCUGGGGCCAUCAUCAUGGAGAUGCUGCCUUGACUGUUAGAAACUAAGUUUGUGUUUGUUCAUGUCUUCUAACGUGGGAGUGGGUUGGAGUGGAGGAAAUCAUUUGUACUCAGAGUCUGCAGUAUUUAUAGGCCAACGUUGAGGUCUGGUCAAGAAAAGAGCUCAGAGGAGCCAGGCUAGAGUUUGGUCCAGAAGAGAAUCUUCAUCGGGGCACCUGGAUGGCUCAGUCAGUUGAACAUUCAACUCUUGAUUUUGGCUCAGGUCAUGAUCCCAGGGUCGUGGGAUCAAGCCCUGCAUCAGGCUCCAUGCUAAGCAUGGAGCCUGCUUAAGAUUCAAUCUCUCCUUCUCUCUGCCUUCCCCUGUUCAUGCUCGCUUUCUC